AUGAAUUCAUUCUUGCUCUAUGAUUAACAAUUUCUACUUUAGCAAUAACUUUUGCUUUAAUAACUUGUUUAAUUUAACUCAAUGUUAGCUCUAAGGUAAGUUUUACUAAAAUAUAAAUGAUUAGAAAUGCUUGUUCUCUUUAAGUACAAUAAAGUCCCUAAAUUUAUCCCAGAUCUCCAUAAGAAAUUCAUACUAUUGAGCAUAAUACCUUAAAAAAUGAUGAUAUUUAUGAUGAAUAAAGUUCAUUGGAGUUAUCAAAAUCUUAGAAAAUAUCCAAAAACAUAAAAAAAUAAAAGGAAAUGAAGAUUAACAACUAAAAUUCUUCUCAAAAACAAAUUAAAAAAAGAAUUUUUUUAUCAAUGAAAGACAUCAAAGAUGUUCAAUAUAAAAAGUAUUAAGAUUAAUUAUCCUAGACAAAAAUUACAAAAAGAUAACAAAAAUGAAGAAAUAGUAAUGAAACAAGAAGAAAAGAAUUGA